GUGUGUUAGUCUUCGCGCAGACUGCAUACUAUUCACUCGAAAAAUCUGGACUCCUGCAAUCUCUUGCUUGCGACGUUCGUGGCGCAGACGCAUAUCGUGAACGCCUCCCUCCGCGACUCCCAUUUCAACUCUCUCGCGGUUCUUCGUGCUGAACGUGAGGCCGAGAGUUGAAGAUUUAGAUGUUGAAUGCUAAUUUUCCCUGCUGAGUUCGGGAGAGUAGAGUGAGGCCAAUCGAUUUCAUCGUUAAAGAUCCGAUUUUUGAUGGAUUUAGGGUUCCUUUUCCUGGAUCAGUCAUGGUCUCUGAUGCAGCUCCGUUCCCUUCUCUGUGCCUCCGUCGCCUUCUCGCUAUUGGCGGCUACUUUGGUCGUCGUUGCUGUCGACAACUCCACCUAUUACGUGCCAAGAGACGACAUCCUCCUCAACUGCGGCGCCUCUGGUCAGGCAUCUAGCUUCGACGGACGAUCCUGGACCGGCGACACCGGAACCAGGUACGCCCCCUCCUUGAACGGCGACGGCUUCGAUGCUCUACGUCAAGAUCCAUCGGUCUCCACGGUCCCGUACUCGACCGCUAGGGUCUUCACUUCUCCCUUCACCUACCGCUUCCCUCUCAGCGCCGGCCGGAAAUUUAUCCGCCUCCAUUUCUACCCUUCCGAUUACUCCAACCAUGCCGUUUCCGAUGCCUUCUUCUCCGUCACAUCUGGCCCUUACACCCUUCUUCACAACUUCAGCUCCUACCUAACUGCCGAUGCCCUAAAUUUCGCGUAUCUAAUCCGUGAAUACUCCGUAAACGUCUCUACCGGCGGCCUAAACCUCACUUUCAUUCCAUCAACCACCCAUCCCAACUCCUAUGCCUUCAUUAACGGUAUCGAGAUUGUAUCAAUCCCCGACUUGUUUAGCUCAGCAACACCUUUGCUUGUCGAUGGAGAUGAUGGUCAUAUUGUUUACACUAUCGAUCCCGACCAAGCUCUGGAGACGGUUUACCGGCUCAAUGUGGGUGGGCAAGCAAUUCCCCCCAUCGAAGACUCCGGCUUGUUCCGCUCUUGGGACGACGACUCGCCUUACAUUUAUGGGGCUGCAUUUGGUGUGACCUACUCCAAUGAUCCGAAUGUUACCAUCACAUACCCGACCAGUGUUCCAAGUUACAUUGCACCACCGGAUGUCUACUCCACAGCAAGAUCAAUGGGUCCAAACGCACAGGUGAACUUGAACUACAAUUUAACCUGGAUUCUCCCUGUGGAUGCUGGCUUCUAUUUCCUUGUCCGGCUACAUUUCUGUGAGAUCCAGUAUCCGAUAGUGAAGAUAAACCAGAGAGUCUUUGACAUCUACCUUAAUAACCAGACUGCAACAGAAGAAGCUGAUGUCAUUGGUUGGAGUGGCGGUAUCGGUAUCCCUGUGUACAGGGACUAUGUGGUGAUGACAAUGGGAAGAGGACAGAUGGAUCUGUGGGUUGCGCUUCAUCCAGAUACACUCUCCAAACCGGAGUAUUAUGAUUCCAUCUUGAAUGGGCUUGAGGUGUUCAAGUUGCAGAACAGUAAUAACAGCCUGGCUGGUCUUAAUCCAGGAGCACGCUCGCAGUUGUACGUCGAUCCUAGAGAUGUCAGGAAGGGGAGUGCAAAACACAAGAGUGAAGUUCCUGUUAUUGUUGGAGUGAUUGGAGCUUUUGCUGUUUUGCUCGCUGUUAUUUGCCUGAUUGGAAUGUGCAAAUGCCAGAAGAAUAAGAAGAUGAAGAAAGGGAAGGGUGCAGUUACAAGCAAUGGACCUUAUGGUUUGUCGCCUCUCUCCCUCUAUGGCAACGCACGUUCAGCUGUGUCGGCCGAGUCUAACCUCUGCCGCUACUUCUACAUUGCAGGGAUAAAAGCUGCCACAAGUGACUUUGAUGAGUCUACCGUGGGGAGAUAGAUGGUGGGAUCACAAGGUUGAGAUGCUUUCCAAACACAAUCACCUUGUCUUUUGAUCGGUUUGUAAGAAAUCAUUGAAGCUAACUUAUUUUUAAAUUAUUAUAAUAGAAACACAAUAA